GCGUAAAGUCAGAAUAAUUCGAAAUACGAUACAGAGCGGACGAAGAGUUCGGUACAAAUACAAACCGAAGCGAAGUUUUACAAGUGACUUUACUACAAGUGUUUAUUUAUACGAGUGUUUAUAAGUAAAUCAAGCAAAAUGCCUGCUAUUGGAAUUGAUCUCGGUACAACAUACUCGUGUGUCGGUGUAUGGCAACAUGGGAACGUUGAAAUCAUCGCCAACGACCAAGGCAAUAGGACGACGCCAUCGUAUGUCGCUUUUACCGACACGGAGCGUCUGAUCGGCGACGCGGCGAAGAACCAGGUCGCUUUGAACCCCAGCAACACAGUUUUCGACGCGAAAAGGCUGAUCGGUCGCAAAUUCGAUGACCAGAAGAUCCAACAGGACAUGAAGCAUUGGCCUUUCAAAGUGAUCAACGACUGCGGCAAACCGAAAAUACAGAUCGAGUUCAAAGGUGAAGCGAAGAGGUUCGCGCCAGAGGAGAUCAGCAGUAUGGUUCUGACGAAGAUGAAGGAGACGGCGGAAGCCUAUCUCGGGACGUCGGUUCGAGACGCCGUCAUCACAGUCCCAGCAUACUUCAACGACUCCCAGAGACAGGCGACGAAGGACGCCGGCGCCAUAGCAGGUUUGAACGUUCUCAGGAUCAUCAACGAACCCACGGCGGCCGCACUCGCCUAUGGCCUGGACAAGAACUUGAAAGGCGAACGAAACGUUCUGAUCUUCGAUCUCGGCGGCGGUACCUUCGACGUGUCGAUCUUGACCAUCGACGAAGGUUCGCUAUUCGAGGUCAAGGCGACGGCCGGCGACACUCACCUGGGAGGCGAGGACUUCGACAACAGACUGGUGAAUCAUCUGGCGGAGGAAUUCCAACGCAAAUAUAAAAAGGAUUUGCGCACGAACCCACGCGCUCUGAGACGCCUCCGCACGGCCGCGGAACGAGCGAAGCGUACACUAUCAUCAAGUACGGAGGCGUCGAUCGAAAUAGAUGCCCUCUAUGAAGGGAUCGACUACUACACCCGCGUGUCUCGCGCUCGAUUCGAGGAACUCUGCUCCGACCUCUUCCGUGGCACUCUAGACCCCGUCGAGAAAGCUUUGAAAGAUGCCAAAAUGGACAAGAGUCAGAUCCACGACGUGGUCCUCGUCGGUGGUUCCACUCGCAUACCGAAAGUCCAGAACUUGCUCCAGACCUUCUUCUGCGGUAAGAAGCUGAACUUGUCCAUCAACCCAGAUGAAGCGGUCGCUUACGGUGCGGCGGUUCAGGCGGCUAUUCUGAGCGGCGAGAACGAUUCUAAGAUCCAAGAUGUGUUGUUGGUGGAUGUCGCACCUCUAUCUCUGGGUAUCGAGACGGCGGGAGGCGUGAUGACGAAGAUCGUCGAGCGCAACUGCAAGAUCCCUUGCAAGCAGUCUCAAACAUUCACGACAUACUCCGACAACCAACCAGCUGUCACGAUCCAAGUAUACGAGGGCGAGAGAGCUAUGACCAAAGACAACAAUCUGCUUGGCACGUUCGAUCUCACUGGCAUCCCGCCAGCACCACGCGGCGUCCCCAAGAUCGACGUCACCUUCGAUCUAGACGCCAAUGGCAUUCUCAAUGUGUCCGCAAAGGAGAACAGCACGGGCCGAAGCAAGAACAUCGUCAUUAAGAACGACAAGGGAAGACUGUCACAGGCUGAGAUCGAUCGCAUGUUGUCAGAAGCCGAGCGCUACAAGGAGGAAGACGAGAAACAGCGCCAACGAGUGGCCGCACGCAACCAGUUGGAGUCGUACAUCUUCAGUGUGCGACAAGCUUUGGAUGACGCGGGUUCAAAGCUGAGCGAAGCCGACAAGAACAGCGCUCGCAGCUCGUGCGACGAGGCGCUGCAGUGGCUGGAUAACAACACGCUGGCCGAAAAGGAAGAGUACGAGCAUAAAUUGAAGGAUUUGCAGCGCACAUGCUCUCCCAUUAUGAGUAAGCUUCACGGCGCAGGUGGUGCUGGCGCUGGAACUGGAACCGGUAUGCCAGGUGCACAUGGCAGUGGCCCCACCGUUGAGGAAGUAGAUUAAAUUCUUGGUUGCAUUUUAAGUUUGUGAGAUCUGUUUGAACUGUGUUUGUGAUAUUAUGUGUUAAGACUGAUAUGUUGUAAUUUAAUUUAUUGAAUUUAAUGUAUGAUCAUCAGUUAGGUUAAUAAUUGCAUAUUACUUAUUUAAUUUAAGGCUACACAUGAUCAUCUGAUGAAUAGAAUAUAUGUUGUUUUUCAAACAA